AUGGGGCUGUUCUCGCGCUCCCAAUCGCCCAAGGUCGAAAAGGUCCGGCCACCAAUCAUCCCUGCCUACGAACCCUUCGACUGGAAGAAAUUCUUUACAAAAAAGCGCUACAUUCCUUGGUGGAUUCUUUUGAUAAUCAUCAUCGUCAUAACUGUCCUCAUUAGUGUCUAUCACGAAGAAAUCGUUAAAUGGCUUACUCCCGUCUCUCAAAAAAUCCGUUCGCUAUCCUGGGGUUGGAUAAUACCCAUUUUGAUCCUAUUCAUUAUCUCCUUUCCUCCUUUAUUCGGCCACGAAAUCGUCGCAAUUCUCUGCGGUAUCGUCUACGGUCUCUGGAUCGGGUUUGCAAUUGUUGCAGCGGGAACGUUUAUUGGUGAAAUUGGAACCUAUUUUGCAUUUAAGGGGUUUUUGAGGGGGAGAGCAGAGAAGGAAGAAAGGAGAAAUUUGAAUUACGCUUGUUUGGCAACUGUGACAAGAGAGGGUGGCAUCAUCUUUGUGUUUAUCGCCCGUCUAUCCGCUAUUCCUGCACAUUUGACAACAGCAGUGUUUGCGACCUGUGGUAUCAGUUUUUGGGUAUUCUUCAUCGCUACACUUCUCAGUUUACCCAAACAGCUCGUUGUGGUAUACUUGGGCGUCAUAAUCAACAACCCCUCCGGUGGCCAUCUAGUCUCAAACAUAAUCCUAGGCAUAACUUUCGCCAUCACCAUUGUAGCAGCAGGGUACAUCUAUUGGCAAAUGCGAAAGGUUCGACCAAGGCUGAUUGCUGAACACGAGGCUAUCAAGAAUGGGCAAACAAGCUAUGAAGGGGCUAAUAUUUCUGGUGGUGAAAUUGAGAUGAACGAUCCUCACAAGAACAAUGGCAACGGAAUGAGAGACGAGGAAGCAGGAAGUCCGUUGAUGUAUCAUCAUGGCGGCUAUCAAGGAAUACAACAAUACCAGGGGCUGGAUCAGGCUACAGGUACAACGGAGGGAAGAUUUGAGCCAUUGAGAGUACAGGCUGCGGGGCCCGAACCUUACAAGGGAUAUGGCGAUGGGGGAUACGGCUAUGAAGGGCGACAUCAGGUGUAUUCGGGACCGUAUAAUGAUAUUGGAGACAGCAGGAAUCCUUCAGCAUCUGAGUUGGCAAGCGGGAGACCGAUUGCAGGGAGGGAGUUGGUGUAA